AUGGACGAUGUCGGACGUAUGUUCGACUGGGAGGAUGAGGCCCUCGAAGAACGCUGUCUAGAUAUACAGGAUAAGGAGCAGCGAUACGUUGGGCCUUUGGUGGCGCUGGCAGACACGCUGACGAGCUUGUCCCGCCUCAAGGUGCUGGACCUUUCGAACUGCACCCUUAUCGGCCUGGCGGGGAACCGUUACCACGGCCUCAACGCGCUGGGAAACACCUUCGCGAGUGGCAAGAAAUUGACACACCUCAGAAUAUCUGGCAACAGCCUCCACAGUGAAGCCGCGCUGAUUGUCGGCGGCUGGUUGCCCUCUUUGCCCAAGCUGCGCUACCUCGACUUGUCCAGCCGGUCGGGCUUCGACUCGUUGUGCGGAGCCUUUCGCACCUCCUUGCACCUGCGGACCCUGCUCCUGCGUGAUGUCGGCAUGGACGACGGGGAGGCGGAAGGAGUGGCGUCGUUCUUGGCGCUCUCUGCUCGCCUCGAAAAGCUGGAUCUUUCUGAUAAUCAGCUACACGUGCGCGGCGCAAGAUACCUCGCCGGAGCGCUGCGCUCGAACGGCUCGCUGUCGUCGCUGCUCCUUGGGCACAAUCGAAUCGGGAAUGAGGGGGCGCUGUUGCUGGCGGCUAGCGUUCCGCAUGCCGCAAGCCUGGUCGAACUAGACGUGUCAUCGAAUGGGCUGACUGGAGGCAACAACGGCGGUGGCGGCGGCGGUUACACCAAGAAGAGCGUGAAGGAGGGUUUCAUAGAAGCGGCGCUGGCGUCCUACUCCAUCGAAACCUUUAGGCUGUCGGGGAAUGAUAUCCCACCCUCUGACGUCGAGGAGAUGCAGGGGUACGCCUCAUCGAACGUCGAACUACGGGCCGUCGCAGAUGCGCCGGAGAGCUACGACUUGUGGCAAGCAUCCGAGAUAGUCGAAACCUGCCUGGUGGCCAAGUUCGACCGCCUUCCACCGGGCGUUGCGGACGCCCUGAAGAAAAACCCCACCUUUAUCGAAGAAGAGGGGCCGAUGCGAGAGGCGGUUCUGGCUGCUUCACCCCUCACCAAGCAAGAGCUGUUGAGGAAUAGCCCCGGGGCGGACGAUAUCGCCAUUAAGGCGAAGGGGUUUGUGGACAGUCCGUCUUCAUGGAUACAGUCCGCCAUCGAUGCUCCCGAAGACUUCAUGGCGCUGGGCGAAGGAGGGCCCGACGACCCCCCACUUCUCUGA